GCGAGGCUCGCGUUCGGCUCUAGGCCGGGACACAAGGAGCGCGACGCAGGCGACGACGACGAGAACGAAGACAAGCUCGUGUCUGGGUCGAGGAAGGCCGCGAAUCCAGUCGCGAGCUCGAGCUCAAAGCAGCCGUCUGUGCGCAAGCACGGCCAGGCGGACCUGUUAGGCUGGAUACGCAACCCAUAGUCCACUAUCGACGGCGGCGGCGGGUCCGUUGGUCUCGCUUCCACGCAGCCCAUAGCAAUCUUGUCUAGCACGCUUGCUGACCCAAAACCGUCCAUGGCGACCACCGGUGGUUCUGCAGGCAAGGAGAUGACGGAGACCGCCGUGGAGCGGGAUGAUGACCGGUUGCAGGGCGAUGCAGGCAAAAACGCUGCCCGCUUUAAGCGUCUGCAAGGCGCGCGGGAGAUGUUUCUUGAUCGGCUGAAAAGCGCGACCGCUGAGGAUAUCACGUCCGACACGCUUGAUUCGCUCUACGUGCUUGCCAUGAUGUGGAAGUCACACGAGGACCUUCUCUGGCCUUCCAAGUCGCAAUGAACAAGACCGGCGAGGGAUGUAGGGAAUUAGUACAGUAGUAUGAUAGUAAGCAGAUCGAAUUCUUGCUCCUGUAGUUUAUACCUGUACAUAUAUCCAAGUAGGGGAGCUUAGCUUACUCCCGAAGGUGUCAUCUGCGGUACCGAACC